AUGGGUGUUGCUACAAAUGCGUUGGAAAUAAGACCCAAAGGCCUAGGCAUCCGUCAUGUCCAGACUAUACUGCUUUUCCUGGCGAUGCUGGUGGCGUUCAUGAUGAGGGUCAACAUAAGCAUGGCCAUCGUAGACAUGACUGAUGAGAGGAAAGACGAGUUCUUCGACUGGAGUCACAGUGUGCAGUCCGUGGUCUUGUCCUCAUUCUUCUGGGGCUACGUGAUACUACAGGUGCCAGCUGGUGAACUAGCGAGAAAGUUCGGCGGAAAACCAUUAAUCACCAUCUCCGUGUCUGUUAAUGCGUUGAUCUCAUUGCUCCUGCCGACUGCCGCUAAAAUUGGUGAUUGGAAACUGGUGUGCGUCUGCCGAAUCCUCCAAGGCUUCACGCAGGCAUUCGUGUACCCUUGUAUGCACCAUCUCGUCAGCCAGUGGGUACCUCUGGAAGAGAAAGGAUUGCUCACCACCAUUGUCUACGCCGGUGGCCAAUUAGGUAUAGCGAUCCAACUGAUAAUAUCCGGGUUUAUAGCCACAGACUGGGGCUGGCAGGCCAUAUUCUAUACGAACGGAACCCUUGGGGCAAUUUGGACUGUAGUCUACUUGAUAUUCGGCUCAGAUUCCCCUGAGACAUCCAAAUACAUUUCGAAAGAGGAAGUCAAAUAUAUACAGGUCUCUCUGGGACGUGUUGGCGAGCAAAAGAUAUAUCCUGCACCAUGGCUUAAGAUCAUGACUUCCUUGCCGUUCUGGGCAGUGAUAGUUGCACAUUGCGGUCAGAACUGGGGAUUCUUCACUCUGAUGACGGAAAUGCCAACAUACAUGUCUAAAGUCCUCAACGUGAAUCUUAAAAAUAACGGCGUUUUGUCUUCAUUGCCGUAUUUAUCCAUGUAUAUCCUGAGUUUCCCCAUGGGCUACAUGACCGACGUGAUUAUAAGGAACAAAUGGUUGAACGUGUCCAAUACGAGGAAACUCUUUAAUACUAUAGGUCAUUGGGGUCCAGCUUUAGCGCUCAUUGGGUUAUCAUACGCACCAGCCGGAGACACAGUACUGGCUGUGGUGAUGUUAACAGUGGCAGUCGGUAUCAAUGCUGGGCAGUACACCGGAUACUUGCUAGUACACAUCGAUUUGGCUCCAAAUUUCAGCGCAUCACUAAUGGGCAUCACCAACUUCUUGGCCAAUAUUAUUUCGAUCAUCGCUCCUUUGGUUUGCGGCUUCAUCGUUAACGACGAGACCCAACCAUCGGAAUGGCGUAAAGUAUUCUUCGUGGCUUCAGGAGUAUACUUCUUCGGGAACCUGUUCUUUAUAUUGUUUUGUACCUCAAAAAGGCAACCUUGGAAUGAACCAAAGGAGUCUGAUAUUGAAUCGAAGGAACCAGAAAACAAGGCAGCUGAAAGGCAAACAGACACAAAUUAUAUUUGAAAUAAAACGACAAACAUUUGAUGUACCUGAUUUAUGUUACGCUUUUCGAAUAAAUACUGGAAACAUUAUAUUUUAUAUAAUUA